AUGUCGACCAUUGAUUUUAACCAUCUUUCCAACCUGAUUCCUGCCUCUCUGUCACCUGAGAGCGCAGAAGAGCUCGCCAGAGCCCUCUCCACCGGCCGCUGGUGGGCUAUCAUGGAGGUUUUACACCCCAUCGAUGAGGAGCGUCAGUUUGACUUCACUUCAGGUCACCAGAGUCAAACUGUGGAGACUGAUUUAAAAUUAUGUCCGUUUCUGCAACAGGAUGACAGAGAGUUUUCUGCGUCUGGUCCAGCAGAGACAGCAGAUGCGUCCUCCGUCCCUGAGGCCUCAGAUGAGCUCGCCACUGCCCUCGCUGCAGGGGCCAUUAUGGAGGUUGAGCGCCCUAUUGAGGAGCCUCAGGUUGACAUCUCCUCGGUGCCGUUUUUGGAGGCACCAGAAACAUCACCAGGAGCCUCUGUGCCUGAGAACGGGGAACCCACUACAUCCCCAGUCCUCAAGAGCCAGAUAGAGCCGCCUGGAGCUCCCGUAUAUGCCGAGUCUGACACCCCGGGCUACCUCUUUUUCGGAAAUCAAAACCCCACGCCUGCUGAGCCAACUUUGGCCCCACCUGUGUCUUCUGUAAGUCACUGCUGCCUCUCUCUUUCACUUAUCUCCAGAAUAUUAAUUAAAGGAAGCUUUAAACUGGGCCAUUCAGUCAAUGGAGACGUGUUUCAGAUGGUUUCAGCGGAGCCUAAAGAUUAUAAAAGAUUUCGAAGAGUUUCGAGGUGUCGCCGGUCUCCUACUAUGCUGAAGAUAAGAGAGGCAUGGCUUAAAGAAUUUGCCAAACACAUGCCUCUUCAGAACCAGCAGCAUGUGGAGGUUGUAGCCAGUAGGGGACAAAAUCGGAUCCCUGAACCACAACCUGAGGAGCAGCAACAGAAUGAACCUGAGAGACCUCAGCAGAGGGAUUUAGUAAUAAAUGGAAGAGUGCGUGGGGUUCUGCGUGGUCUUCAGUCUGCUCGCCCUCUCAGAAGAAUGAGAGAACAGGUUAGUCAGUCUUUACUCAGUCUUUGA